GAGAGUGUGAGACGGAGUACAGAGCUCUAAUGGAGGAAUUUAUCUCGCUGGAACCUGGAUACUCCGAUUCGCCAUCUCCCAUUUCCGAACCACCAGAUAUUACGAACUGGUUUUCCAGUUAUGUCUAUGAAUCGUUCCAAUUGAGUUCUUCAGUAAAAGAAAGUGAAAGCGAACUAAAUCAGUUUUCUGUUGGAGAAGAACAAGAAAAUCUUGGCGUUGCUGUUCCCGAAAUCAGAUCUCCUGAGAAAUUUGUCUCGAACAAAGAUCAUAAGCCUAUGUACAAGAAGAUGAAACAGAUUUCAGAUACGACUCUCAAUGAAUCACUUCCUUCUGAACCUCUUGAUAUACGUAAUUGGUUCUCGAGCUACGUCUAUGAAUCGCCGGUGCUGGAUACAAGUGAUGGUCUUGAAUAUUCGAUUCCUGGAGAGAGUGAACGUGUAAAGGAGACGCAAACAGAAGAAGAGGCAACAAAAAUUGAUGGAAACGAUGUUUGUCCUAGGUUAUCUGAGCAAGAACUUGCCUCUUUUGCAAAGGUUUCAGAUUUCUCUCAGUCGCAGUCUGUUCUUUCGGAGCCUCCUGAUGUCAGAAACUGGUUUCCCAGCUAUGAGUAUCAAUCUCCUCAGCUUACAGAUACUCAUGAACUUGAAUUUCAUUCUUCUGGGAAAGACCAAUUAAUCAUUAACGAGAGUGACACAGAGGAAGAAACUAGCUGUGGUAUUUUCCGAAAAACUAUGAGCAAGCAAGAGAAUGUUUCUACUAGCAAGUUAAGUUCAGAUGACUGCAAGGAAAACAUAGCUGCAGACACGACCAAUGAGGUCUCCUCAGACAACCAAGAAAUGGAAAAGAAGUCAUCAGUUGGAUUAUUCAAUGACUCAACGAAAGAAGUGAAACAAGAAUCAAGCUUAGAGCAAGAACCAGUAUUCUGUGAACCAAGGUGUAGUCCUCGAAUUUCCCGGUACAACCCAGAGCCGCAAUUUCCCUUGAAGAACGAAGCUUCUUUACAUGAGCUGAGACUGCAACAUAUCCAAGAAACCAUUUCCAUGAGCUCUAGUAGACAAAAGUCUCCAAAAAAGACCGCUCAGAAGGCUUGUCUAGAUGAAAACUUGGAGUCAGUAGACCAAGAAUCAGAUGACAAGGAAAAUGCUGACAGGAAAAGCACUGAAACUGGAUUUGUGACGAUGAAAAGGGCGAGAUUCAGAGAAGCAAGAGACCGAUGUUCCAUGACUAAGCCAAAUAGAGGAGUUCUAAUGGGGUGUUCGAGAGGUGAAGAGUUAAAGAACAUAGCUGGGGAGGAAGACAAAGAAGAAAGAAAGAAGAAGAGAAGAGUUUUGGGGGAAAUGUCGAAUCACCAGUUCUCUGGAGCCGAGGAGAUUGCAGGAAAAUGGCAUUGCCCUCAGAGAAACAAAGGGAAAUCAGGUCCACCAUUGAAACAGCUCCGACUUGAUGCAUGGGUACAUAAAGUCUGAGUCUUUAAGAAGGCUUCAGGUUUCAUCAACAAUGUAUCGCAUUCUUUCCCUCUCUUUUUGUGUUUUUCCAUAUUAUGCUCAAACUGGUAGAUAACACAGACCGGAUCAGACCAAAACUAAUUCAUUUAGAUUCCUUUUAAAUACACUAUUUGAAACCCGAACCGAAACCCCCAAAAAAACC